UCCUAAACGAUAAUAUAUAUGAUGUUUGGUUCAAAAAAAUAUUUUUUAUAUUAGCCUAAAACAAUAUUACAUUUCCUAAUAUUUAUAUAUGAAAAUAUAUUAAUUCAUCUACCAUCACUAUUAAAAUAAUUUUAUAUUUUUACAAUAUUCAGCAUCCAAAGUUUUCCAUUACUUAAUAAUUAUAUUAUUUACAUAAUAAAAUAUAUGUCAAAUUACUUUAUUAACCUAUUAAUGUAAUGUUCAUGACUAAUGCUCGUAUGAAUAUGAUGCUCUUAGUCAAAUAUAGUAAAUGUGAUCUAUUAUAUAUUAUUAUAUAGUAAAAAAAUAUUUGAUUUAUGAAUAUCCAAGUUUUAUAAUUUUAUUUGAACUAUCUUAAAAUAUUUUAUAAAUUUACGUAGUUAUUAGUAAAUCAUAUUUGAGACUCAAGUCCGGUUUUUUGGUAUAAGAUUAUUAAUAAUUUUUAGUCAAAUAGAUGGUAAAUUUUUUUAUAAGCUCUUCCUAACUGCUUAAUACCUUAAAAUAAAAUAAAAAGUUACAAAACGGGUUGAUUUUCUUCUACCAUAUAACACUCGUAUUUUACCUAACGAAACUAAAAAUAUUAAAUAUUAAAUUAUGUAAUAAUUUCUUCUAAACCAAUAUGCAAGAAAUUAAAGGUUAAAAUUAAUUCAUUGCCGAAGUAAAAGAAAAUAGUGAAAUAUGUUGACAGAAAAAGGGUAAUUUUUUUUCAGAAUCUUGUUUAGGAAAUUAAAUUAAAUUUCAUUAGUAAGAAAAUUUGAUAUAGACUAAUAUAACAAGAACAAUGAAGAAAUGGUGUUGACUAAUGACCAACAUCAUUAAUAAUUAAGAAAUGCUAUUGACAAAUGACUAAACUAAUUAAUAAUAAUUUAUUGCAUCUGUAUAUUUUCUUGACUGGAAUUUAUUGUUUUUUUUGGUAAUCAAUUUAUUUUUUUCAUUUAAGAAAAAGAGCUUCAUAUUCCCUUUAUUCUACUUCGAAAUUUUCUUCAGUCAGAUUUUUUGCGAUACAGAUUCAUCCUUUGGUGUGAAUGAUCAUGGCUGUCCCGGAAAAUGCUGAUCUGAAGGUGGACUCUUCUGAUCAAAAUCUAGACAACAACACUGCUUCAUUAGCAGCUACGAUGAUGCCGCCAUCUCCUGAUGAUCAGAACCCUGAAUCCAACUUUUCUGUUGAGACACCAAACUCAACAAAGGGAAGUGAAGGGGCUCUCAAGAGUGAGAUAAGUCAUAUAGAUGUUAAGUUUUCUAAACUAAAUCCGAUGGCUAAGGAGUAUGUUCCACAGCCCCUUGCUCCAACAAUCCCUGUGUUUGUGGAGAAUAGCUUAUGGUUUACCAACAGUUUCGCAAUGCAAGCUUUCUCUGCUGAGGACAAUGACCUUUUCGAUACAAGGAGAAUGAACUUUGGCCAAUGGAAGCGAAGGAUGAGCAAGAAAACAAGCCUGGCUCAGAAGGAAGAAGUAAUCAGGAGAACUGUCCAUGUCUUAGACAUUGAUCAACAGGCUACUGAAGAGCAACUUGCUGGUCUCUUUCAAUCAUGUGGCCAGGUUGUUGAUUGUCGUAUAUGCGGUGACAAUAAAUCUAUUCUCCGUAUUGCCUUCAUUGAAUUCACUGAUGAAGAGGGAGCUAGGUCUGCUGUAAGCCUAUCAGGAACUCUGUUUGGUUCUUAUCCUAUAAAGGUUCGUCUUUCAAAAACAGCUAUUGCACCUGUGGACCCGAGUCUUCUUCCAAAGUCUCAGGAUGAGCGUGAGAAAUGUGCAAAGACUGUUUACUGUACUAAUAUCGACAAGAAGGUCACUCAGAUGGAACUGGAAGAUUUCUUUAAAACAGCAUGUGGGGAGAUUCAGCAUGUGAGGCUUAUUGGAUACUGUCAUCACCAAACCUUUAUUGCUUUUGUUGAAUUUAAGCGGGUGGAAAGUGCAGUUUCUGCUCUUAAUUGCAGCGGUAUUGUCUUGGGCGGUCUCCCUUUACGGGUAAGCCAGUCAAAAACACCAGUGAGGCUAGACCAACCUGAUUUAAACUAA